AUGGCCGCAGAUUGGUCGCUGCAUGAUCUGAACCUGACCUUUUUGUUUUGGAGAGGCUCUGAAUGCGCCAGCAUCGUUCUGCUCGGCGCUAGCGAUGUUGUGGAAUGUGGAUCUAUGCAAAUCGGUCAAAGUUCAGAUAUCCAGGAUGUAAAACAUAUCGACGUCUGGACGAUACUAGCCGCCGGGUUGCGUAAAGUCACAAUGCGAAAUCAGUGCACAAUGCAUAUCCAAACUCGAAGAUUUGGUCAGAAUCACAAGUGCUACACACAAAUGCAAAGUUUUUGGCCUGUGGACUCAGUGCGAGAAGAAGUUGGUGCAGAUUCAGUAUUCGACUCGUCGGUCACUUCGCUCGCAUUCAAGCUUGAAUCCGCUCGAGGUAGUCUUAUCGUCUAUAUGCGAAGGAACAACGGCUGCCCUCCAAUAUCAGAGACCCUGCUAGGGGAGAACUAG